UCACAGACUCAUUGCAAAUGCCAACAGCGAGAUAUAAAGAUAACGCUAUCCAAUGGCCAUAACCACGACUCGAGGAUACACCCAUCAGAGACAGGUGGCACACACACGUUACCACCGUUGUCAUACACAGCUCGUCGUCGGUGUUGUUGUCGACAUGCCAUACAAUCGAGAGCAUCACUCGCAGCGGUCGUCGUCGAUGGGAGGCAUCGUGCCCUAGGUCUGGCUUUUCGAAGCUCAUCUCUUUCGAACUCCGAAGCAGUAUCAUUGGUGCCUCAUGCAUUGCUGGAUCGUUAAACAUCAGUUACGUUGAACGCCACAGUGGCUACACAUGAUGGGUCACGAUGACGGACCGCUAGAACAAGUCAAAGCCAUCCGCACGGAUGAGGAGAUGGAUGGUGAUGGAGAGAAAAUCAUACCCAGCAAAGUUCCAGUGGCCAAAGACUCAGCGAACGUCAAGAUCGCCAAGUCAGCUGCCCGCCUCCUGGCGAAGCGCUUUGGGGGGAUUCCAGGAGUACCGGUUGGGGCUAAAUGGGAGGAUCGCCAAGGGUGUUCUCAUGCUAGCGUACACCGUCCUUUAAUGGCUGGCAUAUAUGGCACUAAACAAACCGGCGCCUUCUCAAUUGUCGUUUCGUGUCACUACAAAGAUGACAAGGAUUUUGGCGAUACGAUCUACUAUACAGGUACAGGGGGUCGCAAGCGGUGGUCUGAUAGCUGUCCUCCGAAGCGUCUCCGGCUGGGUCCGCAGGUUUUUGAUCAACAGUGGUCAGAUCCAGGAAACGAAGCACUUGUCAAAUCGCGUGACACAGGAAACCCCGUGCGCGUCGUCCGAAGCUACAAAGUACUUUCCGAUUUUGCGCCUGCCGAAGGCUAUCGUUAUGAUGGUCUGUACACUGUCGAAAGUGCAUGGAAAGAGAAAAAUCCUCAGGGUCUGGAUAUCUGUCGCUAUAGGUUAGAGGUCAACCCCCCCUGCCCCGUCGUUCGCCUGGAGGUACCGAUCAUGAGCCAUCUCCCACCUCCGUAGCUACGUCAGAUACUGCCGUCUCGCCCUCGCAUACGUUGAUCAGCCGUAAGCGCAAUACUCAGCCAUGUCCAUCCCAAGAUGAUCCAACGAUCUAUGCCGAUGCGGCGUCUAAGAAGCGCAAACUCGCCGACCAAGCGCCGCCCCAACCAUUGUCGUCUUCACCAUCAUCAUCAUCUACCGUGCAGCCACAAGUUUUGGGG